AUGCAUUUCCACAAACUCCUGUUGGCAUUAGGCGCAGUAGCACCAGCUGUCUUUGCGCAGGACCAGCUUGAGUCCCUAUUCCCUCGACACUGCUUCCCAGACCCCUGCAAGGGCAUCACAUCCACAAACAACACCUACGUCUGCGGCGACUCCCGGCUCGGUCCAGUCAAAUACCCAACCAAAUUCCCCCUCCGGACUGAACUACGCACAUACUCGCGCUUCGGCUCGCUCUGCCCCGCCGAGUUCCUCGAAAAAUGGGCCACAUCGGUACAACCUGAUGGGGGAUACAUCUACCCGCCCUCCAACGGCUUCAUCGUCGACACCGAGAAUGUCGCCAUCAUAGGCAACGUCUCCCUGCCCGUGGGUCAGAAGCUGGACCGCUUCGGGUCCGAGUACGGCACGUUCCUAGCACCCUUGGGGUCGCCGUAUAUUGAGCGGUCGUUGCCGCCGAGUAACUUGGUUACGUAUGACGGGGAGUAUCCGUUUAAUUAUCAUGUUUACCAGGUGACGACGGAGUUUGUGGUGGGGCUGGGCCCGAUUGCGCCGUGGUUUGAGCAGCCUGGCCUGGGGACACAGUUUGUCGCGCCCAUGAAUGUGCUGGGGUUGAUUGACGGUGGGUUUUUGAAGAGGUUGGAGCCGAGUGAAUAUGAUGAGCGCGUGGAGUACUCGAAUUCGUACACUGACGGGCCGAAUUAA